AUGCCGCGGAGUCUCAUGUCCAGCGAGGAGGAGAUGGCUCAGAGUUUCUCCGACUCAGGCAGCUCAGAGUCGGACAGUUUGAGAGACGAGCAGCUGUGUGUGGAACGACCAAGUAGCAGCCGCAGUGAUUCGUUACUCAUCUGCAUUGUUAUUCCUGAUCUGCAACAGUCUAGAUCCAUGAGGUUCAAGGCUGACUAUACGGUCUGGGCGGCCAAACAGCAGAUCCUCUGCACGCUAACGCAGAGUCUGAGAGACGUGUUGAACUAUGGCCUCUUUCAGCCAGCUGUGGAUGGGAAAGAGAGCACCUUCCUGGAGGAGGAGAAGCUCUUGCGAAAUCACUCGUUCCCCACCAGCAAGGACGUGCCCACCCUCGAGUUUCGUUACAAGAGCCGAGUGUACCAGCAUGCCAACGUCAAUGAAAAGCAGAUUGAAAAGCUUCAUACACAGGCCAACUUGAAGAAGUUUCUAGAAUACGUUCAGCAUCAUCAGGUGGAUAAAGUGACAAAGCUGCUGGAACGAGGUCUCGACCCCAACUACCAAGACUCAGACACUGGAGAGACUCCUUUGACACUGGCUGCCCAUCUGGACAACAUGAUAGAGAUGAUAACAGUGCUGAAGAACGGAGGAGCUCAUUUAGAUUUCCGCUCUCGAGACGGCAUGACUGCUCUGCAUAAAGCUGUCCGAGCCAAGAACCAGAUCACUCUUAAGGCCAUGCUGGAAUUGGGAGCGUCCCCGGAUUAUAAGGAUGGUCAGGGUCUGACUCCGCUCUACCACACCGUGACCGUAGGGGGUGACCCAAGCUGCUGUGAGAUGCUACUACGUGCUCAAGCCACUUUGACCUGCCAUGAUGAGAACGGCUGGCACGAAAUCCACCAGGCAUGUCGAUACGGCCAUGUCCAGCACUUGGAGCAUCUUCUGUUUUACGGAGCUGACAUGCGUGUCCAGAACGCCUCUGGGAACACAGCACUCCAUAUCUGUGCCCUCUAUAAGCAGGAGAAUUGUGCCAGAGUUUUGCUGCUUCACGGAGCCAGCAAGGAGGUGAAGAACUACCGUGGGCAAACUCCCUUCCAGGUGGCCAUCAUUGCAGGGAACUUUGAGCUUGCAGAGUUCAUAAAGAACCACAAAGACGAAAGCGCUGUGCCUUUCCGAGAGGCUCCGGCAGCAGCGGUGGUGAGCUCAGGCAGGAGCAGGCCUCAGCAGGCUCAGACAGGCCGGAGCACUCUGGCCGCACCUCGGGUGCUCCUGCGCUCCAACAGUGACAACAACCUGAACGUUAACAAACUCUCGGCGCCACAAACGCCCUCGCGUUCACACUCACCCUCACGCUCGCCGUUGCCUUCACCCCUGCGCAGCCUGUCACCCCGCAGGCCCCAGCAGAUGCAGAACAGCUCCAAUGGCACGGUAAAGAGCAUGGGCCGGGGGGCCAGGCACCCCCCGCGCAGCCGCUCGCCCUCGCUGGGCCGCCUGGGGGACGGCGACACCCGCAGACACCCGCCCCAGCGCCACAGCAGUCCACGUCCCGGUCGUGAUGGUUUCUCUGGGGCAGAGACUCCGGGGUCCAAGCGCCGGCUGUACAGUGCCGUGCCUGGGAGACACUAUGUGGUGGUAAAGUCUUAUCAACCUCAGGCUGAGGGAGAAAUCACCCUGUACAAGAACGACAGAGUCAAAGUGCUAAGUGUUGGUGAAGGGGGAUUCUGGGAGGGCAGUGCUCGAGGUAACGUCGGUUGGUUUCCCUCUGAGUGUGUGGAGGAAAUCCCCAACAAACCUAAUGAGGACCGACCCUAUGCCAGAGCGGACCGAUCUGAGAGGCGGAAGCUCUUUCGACACUACACCGUGGGAUCAUAUGACAGCUUUGAUGCAUCAAGUGACUGCGUCAUCGAUGAGAAGACCGUGGUCCUGCAGAAGAAGGAGAACGAGGGCUUCGGCUUCGUGCUGAGAGGGGCCAAAGCUGACACCCCGAUCGAGGAGUUCACCCCGACCCCAGCCUUCCCCGCCCUGCAGUACCUCGAGUCUGUGGACGAGGGCGGGGUAGCAUGGCAAGCCGGACUGCGCACCGGAGACUUCCUUAUCGAGGUUAACAAGGACAACGUGGUGAAGGUGGGCCACAAACAGGUGGUUAAUAUGAUCCGUCAUGGGGGAAAUCAUCUCAUCAUUAAAGUCGUAACAGUCAGCAGAAAUCCCGACCCUGAUGAUACGGCUCGAAAAAAAGCUCCAGCCCCUCCAAGGAGAGCGCCAUCCACUGCACUUUCCACACGGUCCAAAUCCAUGACCUCAGAACUGGAGGACUUGGUGGAUAAAGCUACUUUGAGGAAAAAGAAGGAUGAUCAGCUUUCAGAUAUUGUGGCUCAGAAGAAGAGGAUUGUUUUUCACGUCACCCUAAAUAAAGUGGAAGAGGUUGUCCCACCCCAGAAACCGGUGUGGGACAAUGCAAAUGUGGAUGUGAGGGUGGCAGCCGUUAAACCACGCCCCACAAGCAGGUGCUUUGCCGUGGCUCCGGAAAUGAAUUCACUGUGCAACAGCCAGGACAUGUCAGUGGAUUCCCCAUCAGUAACUGCAACUCCUAAAGGCCCAUUCUUGGGUGUUCCAAAAGGAACCAUCCGACGACAGACAUCGAUAGGGGUAACUGAAGAAGAAAAGCAAUUCCUCACGCCUCCCAUGCUAAAAUUUACCAGAAGCCUAUCAAUGCCUGACACAUCAGAGGACAUUCCCCCACCACCAGCUAUUUCCCCUCCAUCUCCUCCCCACAACAAUGCCCCCGCACCUGCUGGACAUGGUUAUGGCACUAUCAGACCAGGCUUCACCCCUCAAGGUCCUACUGUGAACAACGCUCCUUCAGACAGAGGAGACUCAAGCCUUGGUUCAGGUUGGAGAGACCAAGGCGUGUAUUACAGAGAGAACUCUGAACAGUUUGAUGCAGAGGACUACAGCAACAGUCCAACUGCUCAGCAGAGCCUUCAUAUGCGCCGAGCCCAGAUUCCUGAGAACCCAUACUCAGAUGUUGGCAAACUGGCUAACGCUGCGCUGUUUGUUCCAAACAAGCCUGCACGGAGAAAGGGCAUGCUUGUGAAACAGUCCAAUGUAGAGGACAGCCCAGAGAAGACCUGCUCCAUCCCCAUACCCACCAUCAUCAUCAAAGAACCCUCCACCAGCAGCAGUGGAAAGAGCAGCCAGGGCAGCAGUAUGGAGAUAGAGACAACUACGCCUGACCACCCAGGCCAACUCCGCCCAGAUGAUAACCUCAGUACAGGAAGCCCUUUUGCAACUGCCAUGACUUCCACUUCAGCCAGGGAAAAACGGCUGGAGGUUCACAGAAAUUCCCCGUCUUUCAGAUCCACAGAUGCUGCCGAUGAGGAUGUGGCUCCCACUCCUACCCCUCGUCUGCGACACUCAAAGUCCAUUGAUGAGGGCAUGUUUAGCAGUGAUGAGCGUCUGCGCCGGCUCAUGGCUCCCCCUUCAUCCCUGCUUAGCAUCCCUCGAGGAGGGGGCAAUGUGACAGACUUCAACAGCCCAGAACCCACCAUGGUUCGGGAGUUACUCAACACUAGAACAGGUCACAGUCCCAUUAGCCUGCCAGCUCACAAGACUUACAGCUCAGGGAGCGGGAACUAUGUUCACCCUGUCACCGGAAAACCGCUAGACCCCAAUUCUCCUUUAGCCUUGGCAUUAGCUGCCAGAGACCGGGCCAUGAGGGAGCAGUCACAGCCUUUGCCACUUAAGAGUGACCCAUCCAAACUGGACCUCAACAAGCCACUUUUCAUUGACACAAAACUUCGAUCCAAUGUUGAAGUGAGUUUCUCCAGCACUGCCACCAUGGGCAGACCACGGGGAGGCCUGCGGAGACAGAUGACAGAGUCCAAGUAUGAGACCGAGUCCAAGUUCCAGCUGGACCUGGGCAAGGCUGAGAAGAGGCCAGAGGAGAAGAAGAACAUGCUGAUUGACAUUGUGGACACAUCCCAACAGAAGUCAGCAGGGCUGCUAAUGGUUCAUACCACAGAUGGGACCAAAACUGAGGAGAACAACCUGUUGGAAGGAGAGAGGGAUGAAGAUGUUUGUCCGGACAGCACACCUGGAGAGCUUCGUGAUCCCAACCAGCCAGCUCCUGCAAAGCCUGCACCACUAAAGUCUCUCUCUGCUGUGCCACCAAAAACAAUGAUCUCUGUCAGCUCUGUAGACGAGCCUGUCAAACUCCCCUUUGGUAUCCCUCCACCACCUCUGGCCUCUGUUGACAUCGAUGAGGAGUUUGUGUUUGCUGAACCCCUGCCUCCACCAUUAGAGUUUGCCAACAGUUUUGACAUCCCAGAAGACCAAUCAGGGACACUCAAUGAGCUAUUGAAACAGAAAUCCAAUGGCAUGAGCGGACCAUCACUUGCUCCCUAUUACCCCCAUUUAACCACAAGCAACUCAAGAGAUCAGGAGAUCAAGAGACCAACAGUUCUUACUAACUGCACACCUCCCAGCUUUCCUACAGGACCUCUGGAACCCUAUGAGCCCAUUAUUGACUCAGGCAUUGAAGUGGACAGCCGGAGUAGUGGAGACCCCCAACUGGAGACAACAAGUACAGUCUCCACUGUAUCCAGCAUCUCCACCUUAUCAUCAGAAGGAGGAGAGACCCUGGACACUUGCAUGGUCUAUGCAGACGGUCAGGCCUUUCUGGUGGACAGGGCACAGGUCCUGCCCAAGCCCAAAGCCAAGUAUGCCGUCAACAAGAGCAACGCACUUUACAAGGACGCCUUAAAUGAGGAAACCAUAAGUUCUUUCAGGGUGCCCUCCUCAAUCCCCCCACCACCCCUGGGAACUGCCCCACCAGAGCCUCUAAAAACCCCAACACAAAGAACCUCAAAGCUUUGGGGGGAACCUCUGGAUCUGAAAAACCCCCAUGGACCAGAGGCAAAACCCCAAGGCUUGACUGAAAUAAACUCUGUUCUGCAACAUGUCAGCAAAGACAAAGCACCAAAGCCAGGGGAAGCACUAGACUCUCCCCCAGGAUGUAGAACUCACUUUGGAUUGAGAAAUCAGGACGGUGUGUCCCUCAUCUCAGGAACCCAGCCGAACCCCGGCGUGUCCUUCACCAAUCAGCCCGGCCCGAACGUGCCUGCGCCAUCACCAUGCCGACAGGCUGAGAGCUUGCACCACCAUCGGCAUCCCUCAAGCCCAGGCAUCACAUCACCUCCUCCAAUUUUGAGCUGCUCCUCAUCUUCCUCCUCUCUACCCGCGGUGAGCACCACAUCCUCCGUACAGGGCCGAAGUCGCUCGCCUUCGCCCCUCUCGUUCCUCCAAGCUGCCUCCGGCAAGCCAUUCGCCUCCAAGGCUGUGCUUUCGUGGACCAAACAGGAUGUGGCUGACUGGUUGGAAAGCCUCAACCUGGCUGAGCACAGAGACGCCUUCCUGGAGAACGACAUAGAGGGCACACACCUGCCCAGCCUGCAGAAACAGGACCUAAUCGACCUGGGAGUGACGCGCGUCGGUCAUCGCAUGAACAUCGAGCGUGCACUCAAGCUGCUGCUCGACAGAUGA